UCUUUGUAUAUCUCUAUUAAUUUAUUAUUAAAAUUACAUAAACAAAAUACAUACGAAGAAGAACUUACUGCUGUAUAGAUACUGGCUAAUAUGUUUGGAUACUCAAUGGCGAAAAGUCGACUAAAUCGGCAUUGCGCGAGUGUAUAUCAAUGCACGUGGGCCAAGCGGGCGUCCAGAUGGGUAACUCCUGCUGGGAGUUGUAUUGUCUGGAACACGGGAUCCAGCCAGAUGGAACUAUGCCGUCUGACAAAGUCUCCGGUACAAAUGAUUGCUUCAACACCUUCUUCAACGAGACGAGUUCCGGCAAGAUGGUACCGCGCGCCGUGAUGGUUGAUCUGGAGCCAACUGUUGUCGAUGAAAUUCGAAUGGGAACAUACAAACAAUUGUACCACCCGGAACAAUUAAUUACUGGUAAGGAGGAUGCCGCAAAUAAUUAUGCCCGCGGUCAUUAUUCCAUCGGGAGCGAGGUGAUCGAAUCGGUGAUGGACAGAAUACGCAGAUUGACCGAUCAGUGUACCGGUCUGCAAGGCUUCUUCGUCUUUCAUUCGUUCGGAGGCGGUACAGGAUCGGGUUUCACAUCCUUGCUUAUGGAGAAGCUGUCCGAUGACUAUGGCAAGAAGAGCAAGUUAGAAUUUGUCAUAUAUCCGGCGCCGCAAGUAUCUACGGCUGUAGUGGAGCCUUAUAAUGCGGUAUUAACGACGCAUACGACAAUGAAUCAUUCCGAUUGCGCCUUCAUGGUGGACAACGAGGCGAUCUAUGACAUUUGUCGGCGUAAGCUUGGCAUUGAGCGACCUUUGUACGCGAACUUGAACCGGCUGAUCAGCCAAGUUGUGUCGUCCAUCACCGCAUCCUUGAGAUUCGACGGUGCCCUGAACGUCGACCUGACCGAGUUCCAGACGAAUCUGGUGCCCUAUCCCCGCAUACACUUUCCCCUGGCGACCUAUGCUCCGGUGGUGUCGGCCGAAAAGGCGUAUCACGAGGGUAUGUCGGUCGCGGAGAUCACUUCUGAAUGUUUCGAGGCCAAUAAUCAGAUGGUCAAGUGCGAUCCCCGCGAGGGCAAAUACAUGGCCUGCUGCCUCCUGUAUCGUGGUGAUGUUGUACCUAAGGACGUCAACGCGGCGAUCGCCGCUAUGAAGGGCAAGAGUUGCAUCCGCUUUGUUGACUGGUGUCCCACGGGUUUCAAAGUUGGAAUCAAUUAUCAGCCGCCUACAGCUGUCCCAGGUGGCGAUCUCGCGAAGGUUCAGCGAGCAGUCUCCAUGCUAUCCAAUACGACUGCUAUAGAAGAAGCAUGGGCUAAGCUUAAUCACAAAUUCGACUUAAUGUACAACAAGCGGGCGUUUGUUCACUGGUACGUCGGAGAAGGUAUGGAGGAACUCGAAUUUGCGGAGGCGCGCGAGGAUCUCGCAGCACUUGAAAGAGACUAUGAGGAAGUCGCUCUCGAAUCGCCAUGUACGCCGAACACACCAUUGGAAUAUUAAUGCGCGCACUUUUGGAGAAUUUUUCAAUAAGCCGGCACGUAUAUUUUUUUUCGCUGCCUGACGACUAAGCGAAAAUUAUCACAUAGAAAAAUGUCACAUUAUUCCUUACGUAAAAUUUUUGUGCGGAGAGAAAUAUUUCGUUUAUUUUCGUAUAUAUAUAAUUGUCACCGCGCAUACUUUUAUUUUUAUAGACGGGUAUUUUUUGUAUAAGUUCUUGUAACAUACAAAAUAUAUAUACAUAUUUAUAUAUGUAUAUAUAUCUGCACUCUACAAGUCAAUGUUUCAUCUAUUGUAGAAAAAGUACAUAUGGAGCGAACGUGUGAACAAUCAUAUUUUGUACCAAAAAACUUUUAGCGAAUCAAAAUAAUAUAUAUCUGCAUAACACAUACACAA